CUGAGGCGGGGGCGGUGCGAACGUCUCUCGCGGGUGCGGUGAUGCGUGUGUGCUGGCUCGUGGGGAAAGAGAAAUGCACUCAGCGAGUGAAACUGCCCCACUUGGAAGCUGUGGUGAUUGGGCGUGGCCCAGAGACUGGGAUAACGGAUAAGAAGUGUUCGCGGCAGCAAGUUCAGUUAAAAGCAGACUGUAACAAGGGGUAUGUCAUAGUUAAACAGAUAGGGGUCAACCCAACUAGUGUUGAUCUUGUGAAUAUUGGCAAGGAUGAAGUGGUGAAAAUGAAGCCAGGCCAAAUUCUGCAUCUUGUAAAUAACCUUUACCCCUACACGGUGCAGUUUGCUGACGAGUUUGGGAAAACUGUUCCAAAAGCAGACAAAAUGCUACAUGAGGAUCUUUGUGAGAAUGAUGAUACAGAGCUUGUGCCCAGAAAAACAAUGAAGUUGGAGGCAGAUAUGCAAGGCAGUUCUGCAAAUCCCAAGCUAAGCAAUACCAGUGUAUCUACACAUGAAGGAACUUCAAGGAAUAAGGAACAUUUAGGACACUGGAGUCAGGGUCUGAAGAGCUCCAUGCAAGAUCCAGAAAUGCAGGUUUACAAAGAUGAAAAGACUGUAGUCAUCAAGGAUAAAUAUCCCAAAGCUCGUUACCACUGGCUUGUGUUACCAUGGGACCCCAUUCCAAGUCUGAAGUCAGUCACCAGGGACCACCUUGAACUCCUGGAACAUAUGCAUGCUGUUGGGCAAAAAAUGAUCGAACAGUGCCCUGCCAGAGAGAGCCUGGAGUUCAGACUGGGGUACCAUGCUAUCCCCAGUAUGAGUCAGCUACAUUUGCAUGUAAUCAGCCAGGAUUUUGAUUCUCCAGCUCUCAAAACCAAAAAGCACUGGAAUUCUUUUACUACAGAAUACUUCUUAAACUCUCAAGAUGUGAUAGAGAUGCUAAGAAGCAAGGGAAAAGUGAUGGUGAAAGACCAUACCUCUGAACUUCUCAAGCUUCCCCUCAGAUGCCAUCGCUGUAAACAACAGCUGUCUACAAUCCCACAGUUAAAGGAACAUCUUAAGAAACAUUGGCCAAAAUGAUUUUGCAAAAAAUCACCUUUCAAUCUGUCUUUAGAUUUCAAGCCAACACAAAGACCACAAAAUGUUCACAGAAAUGUAUGUUUAUUAACUGGAAUGACAAAUGUAAUGCAGGGAAAGGUAGCCUGGAAACAGCAGGAUUCUAAUUUAGUAAUAGCUUCAAUAAAAACCCAAGCCGUCUUCUUCUCCCUACUAAAAAUACAAAUAAAGUGACUUCUGAAAUAGAA